UAAAUAGUCACCGUCAGAUUUCGAAACCAACCAUGGUUAAGCUUACCCGCUUAACCAUGGUUAUAUCUGCUCAACUCAAUAGCUCAGUUUUUCAACCUUCGCAACAGAAUAAUGUAGCCUCUCCCACCAGAAGAGAGAGAGAGACUGUGUGUUCUGUCAUCUGCGAAUCGCGAUUCCUUCUUCUCUGUAGCAUUUUUCUUUUAUCCAUAUCAUCAUUAGAUUUUCGAUUUCGUUGAUGAUUUCCAUUUACGGAAGUGCUCAGAUCCUCCGAUCUACAUCAAUUUGAUCUGUUUUCCCUUUUCUUUUACCACUGCAAUCAUCACUAUUCACUUGCUUGCUUCAUUUUCUGGCGCUAUCUCCUCCUGUUCAGAUCUGAUGAUUCUGAGUACCACCUGCUGUUAGAAAUCAGUCAUUCUUGUUGUUUCUGUUCCAUGAUUGUUUAGAUCUGCUAUUGCCUAGGCCUCAAACUUCCUUUGAUGUUCAUGGGGUGGUUUUAGCUUCACCUUCUUGUCAAGAAGAAGAUGAACUACUUCCCCUACGAGGUUUUGGAGCACGUUUUUGAUUUUGUAACCUCGCAUCGAGACCGGAACACUCUGUCUCUGGUUUGCAAGUUGUGGUAUAAGAUCGAGAGGUGCAGUAGGGAGCGGGUGUUCAUUGGGAACUGUUAUGCGAUUCGUCCGGAGAGGGUGAUCUACAGGUUUCCAGGUCUCAAGUCGUUGACCUUGAAGGGGAAGCCGCAUUUCGCGGACUUCAACUUGGUCCCACACGAUUGGGGAGGAUUAGUAUAUCCAUGGAUCGAGGCCCUGGCGCGUAGGCGGGUCGGGCUGGAGGAGCUGAGGCUCAAGAGGAUGGUUGUCUCUGAUGAAAGCCUCGAGCUGCUCUCUCGUUCGUUUCCAAAUUUCAAGUCUUUGGUCCUUGUUAGCUGUGAAGGGUUCACCACCGAUGGUCUUGCAGCUGUAGCUGCAAAUUGUAGGUUCCUUUCGGAGCUGGACCUGCAAGAAAAUGAAGUUGAGGACCACAGAGGCCAUUGGCUUAGUUGCUUCCCGGACAGCUGCUCUUCUCUUAUCUCAUUGAAUUUUGCAUGCCUCAAGGGAGAUAUCAAUUUAGCUGCACUCGAGAGGCUUGUUGCAAGAUCGCCUAACCUCAAGAGUUUGAGGUUAAAUCGUGCUGUUCCCACUGACUCUCUACAGCGGAUAUUAAUGCAAGCUCCACAACUGGUAGAAUUGGGUGUUGGAUCUUAUGUACAUGAUCCUCAUUCAGAGACCAAUGAUAAAUUGAAAACUGCUAUUUUAAAGUGUCAUUCCAUUAGGAAUUUGUCUGGAUUUUUGGAGGUUGCUCCUCACUGCCUGACAACUAUUCACCCAAUUUGCCCCAACCUGACCUCCCUGAACCUCAGUUAUGCUCCUGGAAUUCGUGGUGUUGAGCUCAUUGGCCUGAUUCGCCGCUGCAGUAAACUUCAGCGCUUAUGGAUACUGGAUCGUAUUGGAGACAAGGGACUAGGAGUUGUGGCUUCUACUUGUAAAGAAUUGCAGGAAUUGAGGGUUUUCCCAUCUGAUCCUUUUGUUGGGGAUGCUUCUGUGACAGAGGAAGGUCUUGUUGCCAUAUCCAUUGGCUGCCCUAAGCUUAAUUCAUUGCUAUACUUCUGCCAGCAGAUGACCAAUGCAGCCCUGAUAACUGUAGCCAAGAACUGCCCCAAUUUCACCCGCUUCAGGCUGUGCAUCCUUGAUCCAACAAAACCAGACGCUGUUACCAUGCAACCACUGGAUGAAGGUUUUGGGGCAAUUGUUCAUGCAUGCAAGGGUCUCCGGCGGCUGUCCCUCACGGGCCUUCUAACUGACCAAGUUUUCCUCUAUAUUGGAAUGUAUGCUGAGCAACUUGAGAUGCUUUCUAUAGCAUUUGCUGGGGACAGCGACAAGGGAAUGCAGUAUGUAUUAAAUGGAUGUAAGAAACUCAAGAAGUUAGAGAUCAGGGACAGCCCCUUUGGUAACAUAGCACUUCUAACUGACAUGGGAAAGUAUGAAACAAUGCGAUCCCUUUGGAUGUCAUCCUGCGAAGUUACCAUUGGAGGCUGCACAACGCUCGCAAAGAAGAUGCCGAGGCUGAACGUGGAGAUCAUAAGUGAAAAUGAUCAGAUGGAAUCAUGUGAUGAUGAAAAUCAGAAGGUAGAGAAGAUGUACCUGUACCGGACAUUGGCGGGGCCCAGGAAAGAUGCACCAGACUUUGUGUGGACUGUAGGUUCAUCCUAGCCCCUAGGUGUAUGGAUCUUCUUUCUUCUUGUUAUUAAAAAUAAUAGUUGUAUCGUGUUAGGGGCAGGGCAGCUGAUUUUUAUGGGUUUUCCUAGCUGUUUGCGAUUUAGGGGUAUGCUACUUGUGUUAAAUUUACCCGAGAUUUGCUAGUUGUAUUCGGGGUUAUCAUAAAUAGAACUUGCGUAGAGUAUUAUUCGCCA